GCCAAUGGGAGUCCCCACAAGGACAGUGCACCAGACUGUGUGUGUGUGUGGAGGGGGAGGCGCAGGGACGCAAUUGGUGCUCCGCCCUCUGUGUCUGCUCAGGUGUGCUUGUGUCAGAGGAGCAUUGCGGAGCUGCAGGCAGAGCAGAGGAGAGACGGUCAUGUCAGACAGCGUGAACGCACAGUCGCAGGACAGAGGAUCCCACGGCGAGGACAGGACGAGCCGGGUGACAAGCCCGCGUGUGGGCAACAAAGUGACCGUGGUGCUCGGAGCGCAGUGGGGCGAUGAAGGGAAAGGAAAGGUGGUGGACCUGCUGGCCCAGGACGCUGACAUGGUCUGCAGAUGUCAGGGAGGCAACAAUGCAGGACACACGGUCGUGGUUGAUUCAGUGGAAUAUGACUUCCACCUUCUACCCAGUGGGAUUAUCAACCCUAAGGUCACUGCCUUCAUUGGUAAUGGUGUAGUUAUUCACCUGCCGGGUCUCUUCGAGGAGGCUGAGAAGAAUAUGCGGAAAGGAAAAGGUCUGGAAGGCUGGGAGAACAGGCUCAUCAUCUCUGACCGGGCACACAUCGUGUUUGAUUUCCAUCAAGCUGUGGAUGGAGUCCAGGAACAGGAGAGGCAACAGCGAGCUGGCAAAAAUUUAGGAACAACUAAAAAAGGAAUCGGCCCUGUGUACUCAGCCAAAGCAGCUCGCAGUGGCCUGAGGAUAUGUGACCUUCUGGCUGACUUUCAGGAGUUCUCAGAGAGAUUUAAACAUUUGGCCUCGCAGUAUAAGUCUAUGUACCCUUCACUGGAGAUUGAUGUGGAUGGGGAACUUGAGAAACUCAAGACGUAUAUAGACAGAAUAAAGUCCAUGGUGAGAGAUGGAGUCUUCUUUAUGUAUGAGGCGCUACACGGCCCUCCAAAAAAGAUUCUAGUGGAAGGUGCCAAUGCUGCCUUGCUGGACAUUGACUUUGGGACAUAUCCGUUUGUGACUUCCUCAAACUGCACUGUGGGAGGGGUGUGUACGGGUCUGGGCAUGCCGCCGCAGAACGUGGGGGAAGUCUAUGGAGUUGUCAAAGCCUACACCACGAGGGUUGGGAUUGGAGCUUUCCCUGCAGAACAGAACAACGAACUUGGAGAGCUCUUGCAGUCGAGAGGCAAGGAAGUGGGCGUGACCACAGGUCGCAAAAGGAGAUGUGGUUGGCUGGAUCUGAUGCUUAUCAAAUACGCCCACAUGAUUAAUGGCUUCACAGCCAUAGCUCUCACCAAACUUGACAUCUUAGAUGUGCUUCCUGAGAUCAAAGUUGGUGUGGCAUACAAAGUAGAUGGUGAAAUCAUCCCACAUUUUCCAGCAAACCAAGAGGUGUUACAGAAGGUUGAAGUGCAGUACGAGACUCUGCCAGGCUGGAAAACAGACACAUCUGCUGCCAGGAUCUUUGAUGAGCUUCCAGAAAAUGCACAGAAAUAUGUCUGCUACAUCGAAGAUCACUUGGGUGUGCCUGUGAAGUGGAUUGGUGUUGGGAAGUCACGGGAAUCAAUGAUCCAGCUCUUUUAAGAGGCUGCUUGGCCUGCAUGUAGCACUGGCUGGAUUACGCUCUGGACUCGGGGACGGAUAGUUGCCUCAUAUGUUUCCUCUCCCACCUCACUUCAGUUUCUCCAUGGCAAGAACAUCAUUUUGUGUCACUCAGAUCAUCGUACAGCCCUUUGAAAUGGAGUAUUUGUCAUAUAUAAUAGCACUCCUAUGGUAAAUCAAAAAGGGCUUUUCAACUAGUUACUUUUUGGAAUCAUUUAACGGUUUCUCAUCUGCUCCAGCUUGAGUCCAUAUGCUGUACAUGUGCUACUACUUCAAACAGUCAGGCAUCAGUAGUGAUGUAUAUUGUUGUUAGAUAUCAGUUUUUCACACAGAUUGGGUAAAACGAUUACUUAUACAUGUUAUGUUUAAUGUUCUUUGUUUCUUUUAUCAUACAAGAAUCAACGGUUAUGCAAUGUGUACUACCACACUUUCUCCUUGUUUUAAAUGGACUGUAUAAUUGACUUACUCAAGUCAACUUCAUUUAAACGUACGGUUUUUAAAAGAAAAUUUAAAUGUUUAUUUGACAGGUGCAUAAAUGUGAAUCACUCAACUCAUGUGAUUCAAGAUUCAGUGAUUCUGAAUAAGAAUUAUGUACAAUACACCCUCAAAAUGUAAUAUGAUUACAGUGGGUGUUUUCUGCUUUCCAAAAAUAGGAAUAAAAUAUUUUUUGAAAGCGACUUUAAAUUUAAAUCUAUUUAAUUCGCUCCAAAAACUAGUAUAUAAUAAACAUAAGUAUAAUGUGCCUCAAGAAGCAUGUACUAUUAUACAGGCCGGGGUUUUGAUUCCACUGAAUGUAUGUAAAUGUUUGCACAGUCCUCAGAUGUUUAUUGUUCAACUGUACAACUUUAUGCCACAAGCAUAUUAAAGCCACUUUAAUGAUCAGUAAUGAGAUAUCAGUAAACAUGCCUUUCAAUAUAGAUUGUCAAAAUAUAGAUCCUUAAGACAAUUAUGUGAAUUCAGACGCCACCUCAGGACGCACGACUCCGUCUAGCCAGUAAAACGCACUGAUGUUUGAACUUCUGUGGUUGCCAGCGACUGCAGGAGGCCGUCUGCUUUUCUGACCUUCAGUAGUACAUUUACAGAUCCUUUAAAUGUUAGAGAUGAUCUGAACAGAGCUGGUCUAUUUAAAUAUGACUGGGUUGUUUCAGAAACCCAGAUUUGCUUCUUCUGUUUUGUCUCACCCUCAGUACUGCGCCUUCCAGUAAAUAAGUAAUAUAGGAUAAAGUGUGCCUUGUUAAUACAGAUGAACAAUGAAACUUGAAAACGAAUUCUUCGUCUGAUUGCGCUUUUAUGGAUUUUAAUUGAUAAACCUCUUUUAGUUUUCGAGGGCAUUAUUGUCAUUGCCGUUUGCCAAAAGUGCUCAUGCAUCCAAAGAAUUAUCUUAAUGGACAAGUGACUGCUGUGAUAUAAAGAGCCUUUGUAAAUGACCCAGAAUGAUAACUCUUUGUUUUUCAGAUUGAUGACGGUGUGAUGCGUUGCAUUUUCUGUUGCUCACAGCUGCUGAAUAAAUGAUGUAACCUGUU